GUAGUGUUGUAAUUCCCGUGGUUUCCAUUGUAGUACGUAGUAGUAAACUGAGUAAACGGGUUGAAAGUGAAAUAGUAGGCACCAGUGACCAGACCGUAAAGCUGCGCCGCCGAUCAAAACACGAAUGAAAACAAAGAACUGUUUCUGUCCCUUUCCCUGCACAGAUCGGACACGUGCGCGACGUGGGUGUGAGUGCGCUGCGCUGGUGUGUGCGUACGUUUGUUGCCUUUCGGUAUCAGCAGACAAUUGAAAAAAGAAACCAAACGAGAACAGUGACAUUUGAGGAUCGGGAGGGCUUUAAUCACUGAAUCGCAGUUCCAUUUUGCAGUGGUGCAGAACCUUUGCGAGUUUCAGCGCUCGGUUGUAUCGCUUGAUUGCGCAGUGUGGGCUACUGGAGGGCGGAAAACAGACAAGGAUCGUCACAAUGAAGAAAAAGGUGCUGCUGAUGGGCAAGAGUGGCUCGGGGAAGACCAGCAUGCGGUCGAUCAUCUUUGCCAACUACAUCGCCAGAGACACCCGGAGGCUGGGCGCUACAAUCGAUGUUGAACAUUCGCAUGUCCGGUUCCUCGGCAAUCUCGUCCUGAAUCUGUGGGACUGUGGUGGUCAGGAGUCGUUCAUGGAGCAGUACUUUGCCUCACAGAAAGACAACAUCUUCCGCAAUGUGGAGGUGUUGAUCUACGUGUUCGACGUGGAGAGCCGCGAGCUGGAGAAGGACAUGCAUUACUAUCAAUCCUGCCUGGAGGCCCUGCUGGCGAACUCGCGGUACGCGAAGGUCUUUUGCCUCGUGCACAAGAUGGACCUGGUGGCGGAGGAACAGCGGGAUGUCAUCUUUAAGGAGCGCGAGCACGAUCUGACGCGUUGCUCGCUGCCGCUGGAAUGUACCGUCUUCCGGACCAGUAUCUGGGACGAGACGCUGUACCGGGCGUGGAGCAACAUCGUGUACCAGCUGAUACCGAACGUGAAGGCACUCGAGCACUCGCUCAACUACUUCGCCAACGUGGUCGACGCGGACGAGGUGCUGCUGUUCGAACGGGCAACGUUCCUGGUGAUUUCCCACUGCCAGCGGACGCAGCACCGCGAUAGCCACCGGUUCGAGAAGGUGUCGAACAUUAUCAAGCAGUUUAAACUGUCGUGCUCGAAGCUGGGUGCAAAGUUUUCAUCGAUGGAGGUAAGGAAUAGUGCUUUCGCGGCGUUCAUUGAUACUUUUACGAGUAACACGUAUGUGAUGGUGGUGAUGUCGGACCCGUCAAUACCGUCCGAGGCGACGCUGAUCAAUAUCCGGAACGCGCGCAAGUACUUCGAGGAGCUUGAGAACCCGAACAGCAACCUGGACACGAGUGGCAGCCAUUCGAGCAACCAGCAUCUGCAUCACUCCGUCGCCGGGCACACUGGCCAUGGUAUGGUGAACGGAAGUGCCCAUCCAAAUCAGUACGCCGGCAGCGGCGGUGGCUACCACCAGUACGCGAUCGCUGGUCACGCGCAGCAACAGCAACACCCGCCGCAGCAAGCGCAGCAUCACCUGGCGCAGUAUCAGGGCUAUCAUCAAAACAGCAAUGCCACAUCGAAUGCCUAUCACUGAUACCUGUACCGGAAGAAGUAUUACUACUUCCGGUGAAACCUCUAACCUGAAUGGACGUGAUCUUCCAGACGAGAUAAAAAGAGAGACAGAGAGAGAC